UUCGUGCAGUUAACACCUUCGUUCUAAUAAAGCGUUAAUAGAAGUUUAUUCGGUCUUUCUUUCGUGUUCCAGAACAUUCUCAAUACGAACAAGUUUGUGAAUUUGGCAUGAUGAAAAAUAAAUUUCGAAAUAAUUCGAAGUCGAACGGAUUGAUAAAAGUGCUUAUUCGAAGUCGAACGGGUUACAAAAUGCAUCAUUUUGCUAAUGUCAAAUCGUGUACCGGAAUAGAGGUGUAUAGCUGAAACUAUACCCAGAUUCAUAUAUUUUCGAGCGGUUGUAGACACCAUGUCGACCGAGCGACGAAAAGUGCUGGAUUCUAACCUCGACUUUCCCCCGCAGACUACGCUGCCUAUAGUUCUAGCUAUAAUUGUACCCGAUAAAAUGUCCGAGCGAAACGGCAUCACUGCACGAUUGCUUUUUCUCUUUCUUUAUGAACUGUCAACAAAUGGACAUCAAAGUUCUAAACAAACAGUCUCAAACAUCAAUACUUCUCGGUACGAUAAUUAUUAGCAUGGUUUUUGUUCUUCGGAGACGAGCAAAUGAAAAACCAGUGCGAAGAAAAUCGGACAGGUAACGAAUUCAUCUGCACAAUGGCAGAACUUAUUGAAGCAAUUGAGCGUCCAGUUCCGUUCGACCAUUUGAUGGAGAAGAUGAGUAAAAGAGCGACCACUGAUUACCGUUCACUACAUUGUCUACAGGAAUAUUUGAGACAACACUCGCUCAGCCUCAAACUUCGGUGGAAGGAUUGCCGAUCAAACUGGACAAACGAAUACAUCUCCACACAUCACUCCACACACUUGAAUAAUCAUCGUGAAAUUAAUGAUAACACCAUAGGCAAUGGAGAAAAUCAGAUGCCACUAGACUCGGUGUAAGCUGCUGUACGUCUGGAUGACCUAGCGGGACUGCCAGGCACUUGACAAUCUCAGCUGAGGUUUUGAGGAUGUGUUACUUUCACUAAAUCCGAAUCCCAACAAAAUUUCUAUCUCUCGUAAAAAAUUCACAAAGACAAUUGAUCCUUUUGCGAGGAAGGUUCCGACGAAGAUAUCUGACGUUAAAUUCGAUGAUGAUGACACAAAUGAUGGACAUGUUAUAGGACAUCCUACGAAUAUAUUUACAUCAUUGAAUACGAAUAUAUAUACGAAUAGCCAUAAUAAGAGUCGAGCAAAUUUGCGAUCGGCCUACGUGAUGCCAGAUUGGCACAAUGUUGACUGUAAAUUGGUUGUCAAAUACGAAGAAUAGGUCGAUAAAAUCAUUGCAAAAUGGCACGAUGUCGACACCAUUUUCUGGAACCGAUUCGGCACAACAAAGUAGAGUGGGUAGGAAGUGCUGCCUGCGGGAGCAAGGCGGGGGUAGAUUCCAGCAUUUUUGUAGCAUCCCACUCUACAUUGUUGUGUCGAAUCGGUCCCAACAAAUGGUGUCGACAACGAUGCCGAUAUCGUGCCAUUUUGCAAUAAUUUUGUCGACCUACCCUUCGUAUUCGACAACCAAUUACGAGCCAAACCUGUGCCAGUCUGGCACCGCG